AUGAGAACUGAGAGACAAGAUGCUGUUAAUAUUAUGAAAACACACCAUCAAUUUCAUAGAAAUGCAAAUAAUUCACUUUCAUUCAUCCAUCACCCAAAAACAUGUUGUUACACCGUCUUCUCCUCCGCUCUAUCCGUUCAUCCACCAUACCUCCCAUUUCCAUCACCGCACGAUCCUUCGCAUUUUUUCUCCAUCGAAGAGGCCGCCGCUGGGCGCCGUCGUCGUAAGCGAAGACUUCGCAUCGAGCCUCCCUUGAACGCCAUUCGUCCUCCACCCCACCUUCCGUACUUUCUGGAUCGGCGGUUUACAGUACUGGAUUUUUUUAGACUCACUAGGAGAUCUAAGGGUUAUGGUUUCGUGAGAUUUGCUGAUGAGGGUGAACAGACGAGGGCUAUGACUGAAAUGCAAGGUGGUUUUGAAGUAGAAUAG